CCUAUAUUAAUUAAUUUAAUGUAGAAAAUUCCAGAAAAUAUCGCUGCUUUACAAACAAAUAAAGAGUUAACUUUUAAAGUUCACAUUACCUAUUGUGGUGGAUGAGGAUAUAAACCAUAAUAUAAUCUGGCUGCCUCAUAUAUUAAAUAAUUAUAUCCAAAAGUUCAAGCUUCUGGAAAGGCUAGUGAGAAGGUUACAGGUGAAAUGGAAAUUACUGUAACAAAAAACGAUGGAACUUCCUUGUUAGUUCAUUCCAAAUUGAAUGGAGAUGGACCAUUUAAUAAUUAAUCAGCUUAAAAAGCCUUAGAAAAGUUGAUUGCAUUUGUUGAAAAGUGAUAAAACAGAUGAAAAACAAUAAAUAAAGAAGAAUCAUCAAAAUUUAAAUGAAGAGAUAAAUUCAAAUUUUAAAAAUUCAUCUCUGAUAAAUAAUAUGAUUUUGAUUUUUACUUUUUUAUUUAUUUAAAAUAAGUUUAUAA